AUGGUAGGAGUAGUUUGGAAAUUGGUACUAGCAAACAGGAAGUCAAUGGAGUAUAGGGUCUUUGGCCUAUUACUUAGUGGGGUCCAGAAAAGCUGUGAUGCAUUUAUAAAUCUAGGUGGUCAAAGGUGGUUGUUGGUGUUCUUGUUGAAGCUAAGGAAAUGUCAACUGUCGGAGAAGUCGAUUCUAAAGGUCACUUGGAAUUGUGGGAGGAUCCAGAGGCAUGGAUUAAAGAUAACCCUGCUUCUCGUAAAUCUAUCCAAUUUGACUUCUUUAACUCUCUCUCACUGUAAGUCCCUUGUUGAAUUGCCGGAAAAUAUAGGCCAAUUGGCGAGCCUUACCCAUCUCGGGCUUUAUUGUUUCGAGAACAUAAAGUUCCUUCCUGAUAGCAUUGUAAAUCUAUCCAAUUUGACUUCCUUAACUCUCUCUUCCUGUAAGUCCCUUGUUGAAUUGCCGGAAAAUAUAGGCCAAUUGGCGAGUCUUACCCAUCUCGAUCUUACUUUUUGCGAGAACAUUAAGUCCCUUCCUACGAGUAUUGCUAAUCUACCCAAGUUGACUUCUUUAUCUCUCUCCUCUGAAUUACCUUCUAAUUUGGGACACUUUAAAAAAUGCCUUUCCCAUUUAUCUCUUCAUCAUUGUGAUUGGGAAGAAUUACUAGCAACUGUAUUUCAGUUGGGGAGCCUUACCCAUCUCGAGCUUUAUUCUUGCGAUAACAUAAAGUGCCUUCCUAAUAGCAUUGCAAAUCUAUCCAAUUUGACUUCUUUAAGUCUCUAUUCCUGUCAUUCCCUUGUUGAAUUGCCGGCAAAUGUAGGGCAGUUGGUGAGCCUUACCCAUUUCGAACUUAGAAUUUGCAAGAACAUAAAGUCACUUCCUAUGAGCAUUGCAAAUAUAUCCAAGUUGACAUCCUUAUAUCUCGGAACCUGUGAUUUCCUCACUGAGUUACCUUCAAAUCUAGGACAAAUGAAGAGUCUUUCUCAUCUGCAGCUUAAUUAUUGCAACAAUAUCAAGUCCCUACCUGAUAGCAUGAAAUAUUUAUGCUGCUUGGAUACUUUAUACAUCUCCAAUUGUUAUUCCCUCACACAAUUGCCAAUCAAUCUGAAUGCAUUGCACCUUAAGCUUAUAAAUUGUUGCCCCCUCUUCCUUCCUACUGGCCUAAUCAACCUAAAGUACUUGAGAGUUACUGUCUGUAACUGCUCUGAUGAAUCUUUUGCAAAUUUGAAGGAUCCAUACAGCCUACAACACCUCUCCAUUUCAGGUUGCUUUAGGCAUAACCAUCAUAAUAUAAUAAAAGUACCGGCCCGUUUGAAUCAAUUUGUCAACCUUCAGGUUCUCUCUCUUCAUGAUGGUAUAAGGUUUGUUGAAUUGCCGGCAAAUUUGGAUGGGUUGGCCCAUUUAUGUCUUCUUGAUAUUCGAUUUUCCAGUAUCAAGUGUCUUCCUUGGAGCAUCACGAAGCUACGCAAACUCCAACAUCUAAUGUUGCCCGUAUAUUUCAGACUCGAAACGUUGCCAUAUGAAUUGAAUAAUUCGGUCAUCGUUUCUGUUGACGAAAGGCAUGUUCGCAAAUCCUGGGAGGUACUUAAAACAGAGAUAGGAGAAUUGCCUAUUCCUUUUGGUGGAGAAAUAGGAAAUGAUGCAGCUCAAAAUCCCUCUAUCAUAUCUCCUCCUGGUUAUCUCCGAUUGGAGGAGGAUGAUCCUUCGCAAUGGAUUAUUAACAACAGAAAUUUACUCAUGUUGGUUCAAUUUUUGGACUUGAAAAAUGUUAAGGAGUUAACAGAUUCCAUAAUGCAAUUCAGUGAGCUCACACACCUCUAUCUCUACUUCACUGAUGAUAUUUACCUCCCGGAUAACUACUUUGUCACAUUCACAAGGCUUACACAUCUCUCUCUCGAUUUUUCUCUGGUUGAAAUUGAUGAGUCCGUUAUUCACAGCUUGAGCAAGCUAUCCAAUUUACGAACACUACAUCUGCGUUCGCUUGAAAGUGAAUUACCAGAAAAUUUUAAUAUGCCUGUCAGCCUCAAACAUCUCUCUUUAUCAUCUUGCAAUAUGAGGCCACUUUAUGAUAGCUUGGAAAAGUUAACUAACUUAAGGAGUCUGGAUCUCAAUUCCUGUUACUCUUGCGAGUCAUUGCCACCAUGUAUGUAUAUUCACAAACUCAGGCUUGUGGAUUGCUCCUUCAAGUCACUUGACUCACUUCCUAUUGGCCUAGAUUACUCCGGAGGCAAUCCUGGAAUUGUUGCCUAGAUUUGUCAAUGCUGCAGAGAAACAUGAU